ACAAAUGUACACACGCCUCACUCCAAACAUAGAUCACGCUUCAUGCUUGGCUGUGUGUGUCUCUCUCUGUGUCUCUUACUGUGUUUUCACUUCUCAUCACGAAAAAAAUGAAAAUUUUCAAAACGCUUUUCUAAGUCUGAACUUCUACUACUACUACUACUACUACGACUACUUCUUUCUCUUUUUCCAGCUCUCUGCUUCAGCUUCAAUCAAUUGUCAAUGGCUUCCGUGCCUCUCUCCUCUCUCUGUUUCUCCCAAACCCCCAAUCCUCUCUGUUUCAGCUUCGUCGCCUCCGAUAACCUGAGGUUUUCUUCGUCUUCGCUUCGAUUCUUAACGCCAAAGAAGAAUCGCACGAGGAUUAGGGUUUCUGUUUGUAGAGCCGCGUCGCCGUCGCCGUCGCUUGUCUUUCGCAACCUCGAUGCCGAUGACUUUCGUCAUCCUCUUGAUAAGCAGAACACGCUGAUAUUGAGAGCGAUUCCAGGGUUGAAUCAACUCGGAAAGGCUCUACUAGGAACUGUUGCCGAGCAGGUCAUGCUUCUGGAGAAUAUAGGGACAUCGGUUCUUGUUUCUAAAGAUCAGCUUUCUGAUCUUCAUAGAUUAAUGAUGGAGGCUGCGGAGGUAUUGAACAUUGAGGCUCCUGAUCUGUAUGUCCGACAAAGUCCUGUACCAAAUGCAUAUACUUUAGCUGUAAGUGGUAAAAGGCCAUUUGUUGUUGUUCAUACCAGCCUUGUGGAGCUUCUGACACAGAAGGAAUUGCAGGCUGUUCUGGCUCACGAGUUGGGUCACCUGAAAUGCGACCAUGGUGUAUGGCUUACAUAUGCAAAUAUUCUUACCCUUGGGGCUUAUUCUGUACCUGAUCACAAGUGGAUAUAUAAAAUUUGUUUGUAUGACCGUGAGGAGAAUGCAGCUGCUACAUUGUGUGUUUGUGUAUGUCUUGGUGCGCUAAUAGCUCAGAGCUUAGAGGAACAGUUGUUCCGCUGGCUCCGAGCAGCAGAGUUGACUUGUGAUCGUGCAGCCCUUCUUGUUGCGCAAGACCCUAAGGUGGUCAUCUCUGUGCUUAUGAAAUUAGCUGGGGGAUGCCCAUCUAUGGCUGAUCAAUUGAAUGUGGAUGCAUUCUUGGAGCAAGCUCGUUCUUACGACAGAGCUUCCUCGAGCCCAGUUGGGUGGUAUAUAAGAAAUGCUCAAACAAGGCAACUUUCACAUCCUCUGCCUGUUCUACGUGCUCGUGAGAUUGAUGAAUGGUCUAGGAGUCAAGAUUAUAGAUCCCUUCUGAAACGUGCCCUGCCGAUCAAUUCUUUACAAAAGGUUUAGCUUUGCUCAGAGGAUAGAGUUUAAAAACCAAAACAGUGCAAUGGUGUCCUUAUUAUAUUCUCACUGACUUAUCUUCUCGUGUCAAAACUCAAAAGGCUACCCCAGGCCAGGGGGAAGGGGGGCAGGUAUCAUUGAGAGGUUUUGCUAAGAUUUCGACACUGCAGCAAAAUGUUGGCUUAUCAAAUUACAGAACAUUUACAAAUGGAAGUUAUACUGUCUUGUUUUGUUGGUCAACCUUGUGUAAUUAUAAAAGAAGUUAGUUUUGAGAACGCAUUGCCAUGUAUUAUAACCAUUGUUGUAAAUCCAGGUAGUUAUACAUUUUUCUUUUUUCUCCCUCCCUUAUACAGUUACUUGGAAUCUGUAUCUGCUUUCUGAUGGUGCCAAAAUGUUGAAGGUCAAGAUUAACAUUCAAGUGAUAUGGGUAUGUAAGUAUUGAUAUAGUCAUAAACAAUGUAAAGACAAUGCAGUUCCUUUAUAUGCCUGUAUAAAGCUGUCAGUUAAGAAUUGA